UGUUAAGACGUUGGGAUGUUGUUUGUUCAUCAAUUAUAUAAUUUUUUUUAUUACAAUUCGGCUUUAAAUGGAGACGUAUGGAACAAUAAAUUGCUUUUUAGUAGAACUGAUUAUAUUUUGUUCAAUCUCUUUAGCAGUUUCUCUGGAGGUGGUGCUCAUGCCGGCUAUCAGCGCCACCGUUGGAGAUGAUGUGCUCCUUGGUUGCACGUUUUCACACACAGUUGCGCUUGAUUUGCGAUACAUUGUCAUUGAGUGGAACCAUAGAGUGCAAAAUGAGGAAAAAGCUGUUUGCUUGUUUGUCUUUGGAGAAUAUGAAAUCCAUAGACCAGGAUCAAGUCUCUCUAUAAAUGAAAUAAGCAAAGCGAAUGCUUCUUUACUCCUAAAAAAUGUUACGAUCCACGACAUUGGGUUAUACUCCUGCACAGUGACAGUAUUCUCCGAUAAAGCAACGGGGAAAGUCUCUCUAUCGGUAACAGCACCUCCUUCAGUUUCAGUAAACACUGUAAAUGUUGUAAUUGAACCUGGUGAAGAUAAAGCAAUAAUUUGUGAGAUGAAAAGCUUUUAUCCAGAAAAUCAUUCUAUCUCUUGGUUAAGACGUGGCUCACAAGACAGUGAAAACCAACUUGACAUCACAUCAAGAGCAGUUACAGGAUCACCUCAACAAAAUCAAGAUGGGACAUUUAAUCUGCUUUCAUUCCUUAUCAUCAAAGGCGUUCAAACGGAUGAUGGAGCUUCUUAUGUCUGCAAAGUUAUUCAUGAAGCUUUAAAGACACCUCUACAGAAAGUUGUUAGUUUGACAAUCAAGGGAUCCAACCCAAGAACAAGAUCAGGAACAUUGCUCACUUUUCUUCUAACAUGUGUGAUCACCACAGCUGUUUGUUUUGGAACAUUUAUUUUUUGCAGCUUUAAAAGACAAGCUCCAAAAGUGACAGACAUCAUUAAACCAAACUGUUUCCGUACAAAUGAUUCAGUCUCUCUGGCUUGUGCAGUUCUGUGGUUCAAACCAAAAGCUAUCGAAGUCUCUUGGUACAGAGAGGAAGAGGAUAAAUUCCAGAAAGUUCUCAUCAGUAAAUGGAACAGCACCUCAUCUUCUGUAAAACAAUUGGAAUACAGAAAAAUAGUAGAUUAUUAUCAGAGUGAACAAGACAAAACAAUAUACUUCACAGAAGGAGACUAUGACAUUGCUAUGUCAUUUAAAAAUCACAAAAGAAGUGGAGCAUACAGUUUAGUAUCUCAGCUCACCUUCAGAAGUACAGAAGCUACAACAAGAAAGCUAGUAUAUUCUUUUGAAGUCCAGCAUGAUGCUCUGAAACACAAAAUUUCAAAAGUCAUUGCUUUUGAAACUAAAGGUGCGUGUGAGGAUCCUGGAUAUUUUCCAUCACAAUUGAAGCGCGCUGACUGGGCAAUUCAUGCUAUCGAAGAAGGUCGUCGGACGGUGGUAAAUUACAUCAGUCCAAAUAUACAACCACUUUUAAACCUCUUAGUGAAUAAGAAAAUAAUAUCUGAAGAUGAUCAUAAUGCAAUAAAAGAUAAACCAGACAUUGAUAAAGGGCGAACUCUUCUCGACAUGCUAAGCCACAGAGGGCAGGAAUUAUGUGCUAAUUUUCUCAAUGUGCUACAAGACACUGAAGACUAUUAUCCUGGCUUAAAACAGUUUAUAACAACACUGCUGGAAUCCUACACUGACAAAGUUGACAGGCCAACUAUUGAUCUUCUCCAUGAAAACCUACCAAUCGCUUCAUUUGAGGGGACCAAUGAAAAAAUCCAAAUAACCGAUUUCCUUGAAGAAAUCUCUGAAGUUGUGGCCACCCAUAAAGAAACAGUAAAAGCACAAAUGGAGAGAAUUAAACCAUACUUUGCAUUUGAUAACUCCAGACCUUUGCUACAAGAACAUUUUACCAGUUUAGUCAUUCUCAAUGUUCGAGAAAGGAAUAAAACAGAACAUGAACUCCUACAAUACAGAGACUAUACAGCAUGUGAACGUAUAGAUUUAAGACAGCUUCUUUCACCAUCUGCGCCUGGGGAAAAACCACCACAAGUCACUCUAGUGCAAGGAGUGGCAGGUAUAGGCAAAAGUGUUAUGAUGCAAAAGGUCGCCCAUAGUUGGGCCUGUGGAACCCUUUAUGCUGGGUUUUAUAUACUGCUGUAUUUCAGUUUUCGGGAGCUGAACACAAUCAAGGAGAAAAUUAGUCUAACUGAGCUUAUUGUACGUAGUUACCCUCAUCUGAGAGCAGUGUGCACUAGGAUAUUAGAAUGGCCCAGUAGGAUUCUGUUUUUAUUUGACGGAUUGGAUGAAUUCAAAUCAUCUCUUGAAUUUGGCAUUUAUUCUCAUGUUGACAUCUCCAUUGCUCAACACACUAACCAUUUGAUUGCAAGCAUUAUAAAGGGAGACCUUGUUCAUGAUGCAACCAUCCUUAUUACAUCCCGCCCAACCACAAUUGAUUUGGAGAACAAAGCAUAUUUUAAUCGUUGUGCUGAAAUUUUAGGAUUUUCCAAAAAUGAAAUUGCUGCAUACUUUUUGAAAUGCCUCAAGGAUAAAAAAGUUGCUGAACAUGUCUUUCGAACAGUGAAGAGCAGUGAUUCCUUAUUUGGACUUUGCUAUGUUCCUGCAUUUUGUGACAUUCUGUGUUUCUACCUCCACAAAUCCUUUCACAGUAAAGGCAAGUGGUCUCAGCUCUCUUCCUUUCCCAGGACAAUCACAGAUUUGUUCCUCAGAUUUACCAAGUGUUUAUUGGUCUGUGACAAUGAUGAGGAAGAAGACCCUGAAUCCUUUUGCAUAGAAGAUGAUGAAGACAAAAAUGAGAUCAUUAAAUUAGCACAACUUGCAUGGGAUGGAGUCAUCAAUAAAACAAUAAUAUUCUCAGCAAAAGAUGUUGAAAAAAAUAUUGCUCAAGGCACAAAAUCCUUCUGGAAAAAAAUUCUCAACAAAGAGAGCCUGAAGAUGAUGCAGUCUCACAUUUGGCAAUUUUUCCAUUUGACGCACCAAGAGUUUUUUGCAGCAUUAUAUUGCAUUUCUGCAAAUGAACCUAGUGUGGAUCAUGUGCAUAAAGCCUUCAGUUCAAAGAGCAGUGUGUUUGAGAUUGUACUAAGGUUCACUGCUGGCCUGGUGUCUCACAGCAACAGAAAACUUGUGAAGCAAUUGAUACCUAGACAUCAAGUUAAAGAAAGAGAAGUCUUUGAUGCCAUCAAAAAUAUUGCUGCAAUUGACAUCCCUAAAGAAGACAUGCUAACUCCAGAAAACAGUAUAGAGUAUACAGCACACAAAAGACAAAAACUUACAGCUUCGCAUUGUCUGUAUGAAGCGGCAAAUGAAAAUUUAACACAACAAGUUGCCUCCCAAACCAGUGAUAUUGUAAACUUUUCUUACAUUUCCUUGAAUGUGACUGACUGCACUGCAAUUGCAAACCUUCUUUCUUAUCAUACAACUAUUGAAACACUGGAAUUAGAUGGAUGUAAAGCUGGAGCUUUGGGUUUCCAAAGACUAGAGUCUGUUUUCCCAAGAGUCAAAACACUGAGUUUAGAGGGAAACAUGCUGGAGGAUGAAGGAGCAGAGAUCAUUGCGAAUGCACUCAGAAGUAAGAUGUGCAGAAUAGAAAUUUUAAGAUUAAGAGCAAACUCUGUCCGAGCUAAAGGUGCUCGUUCAAUGGCUGAAGCUCUAGAGAUCAACACAACAUUGCGAGUUUUCGGUUUGCAGUUUAACAAGAUCGGAGAUGAAGGUGCAAUGUAUAUGGCACAAGCAAUGAAAAAAAAUCGCAGCUUGGUUGAGUUAAGACUCGGAGACAAUGAUAUCACUGAAAAAGGGAGCGAUUAUUUUAGAAGUGCUUUAGAAGUCAAUGACAUGCUUGAAGAGUUGUGGAUUCUGGUGAAUAACAUAUCAAAUGAUGGAAAGGAAAGACUGAAAAAUGCCAAUUGCAAAAACCCAAAUAUUCAACUGAAUUAAUUUCGGAGAAUUAAGCACAUAGGAGCUACGUGGCAAGAGAAAAGUGUAUUUCAUUAGGACACUGAAUUUAGCAUUUUUCUGGAUUGAACAGGACUAAUAAUGAACUCUGCUCAACUGUUCCAGGAUCAGCAAUUUUAUACGGUGCGAAAUAUUCCUGACUGUCACCAGUGGAAAAUGGAUGGAUACCAGAAAUCAACAUUGACAAACUGAAGAACUUUGAUGACACUGAGCACGUUCCAUGAUGUGACUCUUCUUUAAGAAAGUGCAGUACUUUUGAAAAUGAACUGGUUAAAUCACAGGCUUAUAAAAGGGGACAUGUUUGUGUUGUUGAUGCCUAGGUUUGUUGGUGCCAGCUUAAGGUAUAUUUCUGAAACUAUCCAUCAUAAACACUCAGCGCAGACAGCACCCUUCAAUUGAAGUGUCUUGAGGUGAAAGUUUAAGCUUUAUUUCUUACUUAUUUUAUUUAGGAAAACAUAUGUAUAUAAGUUCUUUGGAUGUGACACAUUUCAUCCUUCAUCCGACUUUGGAGGAUAUUUUUUGUGGGACUGCACGAACAUAUGGGCUAGACAAGUUUCCUUCGCUGAGGGAGAUAAUGAAUGCUAGUCUUACAACAGCAAGGAUAAAAAAUUCCAUUCUGUUAAAUGUUGGUGCUUUUAACAUCUUUUUAAAAGAAAAUGAAAUGUACAAAUAAUAUUUUUUUUAAAAAAUAUACAAUUUUAUUUUGAUUUGAAGUCUUUUACUAAAGUAUUAUUUUUUGAUGAGUUUCAAAACUUUGAGUAGUGCUAUUCGCUUAUAAAAUUUCAAUGUAGCUUUUCUUCAUUCCUCUCUGCACUGUUCUAGUGCAAAUGUUACACUGUCAGUAUCAGCACAGUGCAGAAAAUAAUUUAAUAGAUUUACUUUGUGUGUUUUUCUAACAGCAGCAAUAUAAUUUAAAUCCUGUACAUUUCUAAUUAAUAUGAAUUCAGAGGUUCUAAGGAUGCUUCUUUGCUGUCCACACCAUUUUUCUGAAUUCAGUGAAUCAGAACGUAUUUAAACCUCGGUGCAGAGCACAUGCUUUCAACCAACACUUGAACACAUGUAUUUCCUGCAAUGGAGCUCUGUAGUAAUCAGAUGAAGAAGAAACCUAUCCAAUUUGCUGUGGCUGGUCUUGGUACAGUGAGACUCCUGCAAUUAACAGAAUUUACACAAACCAGAAUCUGAACCAGGACCUUAUUGUCCUGUCCUGGGAGAUUUGUACUACGUUAUAUGAACCAAAUCUCUGCUGAGGGAAUUCUGCAUUAACAAUCUCAUGAUUUAAGGGCUGCAAGAAUGUUUCAUUAUUAUUAGAUUGUACAACAAUGAUAUUGUAUCCAACUUGUGUUUUGUGAUCAAAAAUAAAUGCAUUUAUUUUGAGUUUA